ACAGUUGAGGGUUUCAGGCAGUCAGCCAAAAACUCGAUUAGAGUCGCUCCACCCUGUAGGAUUUAAACCAGAAGUGAUUCUCCUAUGUAAAACUACAGAUACAGAUGCAGCAGUAGGGGAGGUGUGGACAGGACAUGUAGCAACCAUGUUAAUUCAAAGCAUUGUUAAAGUCCUGUUACCUGCAGCAGGCCAGUCUAUUCAUAGCAGGUGCAUAUGUCAUCGGAGUUUAAGUUCUCUGAGUGAAUUACGAAAUCAGUUUCAAAAGUUACCAGGUGGAUCUGUAGACCUGGCGAAGGAUGAGACAUCUGGAAUAGCAACGGUCAUCAUAAAUAAUCCUGGCAGGAAAAAUGCAUUUACGGGUAAAAUGAUGGUGGAUUUUUAUGAUUGUGUCAGUGACUUGGAGAAGUGGGUCACAGGAAAAUGCGUCAUACUUGCAGGCUGUGACGGUACUUUCUGUUCUGGUGGUGACCUUCAAACUGUACAGGCAAAUCUAUCUAAUGGAGAAGAAAUGAGUGAAUUAAUGCAAAAUGCAACAGCGAGACUAUUUAACUUACCUCUGGUCAGUGUGGCAGCAAUCGAUGGACAUGCUCUCGGAGGUGGUGCUGAACUGGCCACAGCUUGUGAUUUUAGAAUAAUGAAGCCGACAGCUAAGGUUGGUUUUGUGCAAGUGAAACUGAAUAUUGCAACAGGAUGGGGAGGAUGUACUAGACUUGUAGAACUGUUGGGAAGAACAAAGGCUUUAAGACUUUUAUCAUCAGGAAUGAUAAUGAAUGCUGAGACAGCUUAUAGAAUAGGCUUUGCUGAUGAUAUUUUAGACGAAAACGGAGAUAUUGUUGAAUUAGGUAAACAAUGGUUGAUAGAGAACUGUAUAGGUAAUGCUGCUGCAACUAGAGUUAUAAAACAAAUGGUUCUUGCUGGAGUGCAGUUUGAUGAAGCUGCAUCAUUAAAGUGUGAGAGGCAGUUGUUUUGUCAAGUAUGGGGAAAGGAAACACAUCGUGAAGCUCUUAGUAUGAAUAAAAAACAUAAAUGACAGAAGUAUUUAUAGAAUUAAACAGUAUUAAAUGGGUACAUACUACCAAAAACUUUGUUUUCUAUAGAAUUUUUUGAUAAGAUUUUGUGUACCGAAACCAUGAAUUAGAACAUUAAUUUUAGAUCCUUUUUAACAUAGUAACUUUGUUAAAGUUUUGCUUGUAAUCAUGUUUCUCAGGAACUACUUGAUCAAAUGUUUUCAGAUUCUCCAAAUGCUAGUUACCCAUGCUGAAUAAGUGAGUUGUGAGUCAGAUUGUCAGUUCAUAAAGAUAAGAAACUGUUUGUGAUAUGGCUAGAUAUUGCAUUACCAAUUUACCUUUCUGUUUAAAUAAAGCAGUAGGGGCCUCCAUGGCUGAGUGGUUAAGGUUGUAGACUUUAAAUCACUUGCCCCACAUGAAUGUGGGUUCAAGCCUCUCUGGGCAUUGAAUUCAUGUGAGGAAGCCAUCCAGCUGACUAAUGGAAGGUCGAUGGCUCUACCUAGGUGCCCGCUUAUGAUAAAAUAAUGCAGGGAGAGGCACCUUAGGUCUUCCUCCACCAUUAAACUCUGGAAAGUUGCCAUAUGACUUAUAAUUGUGUUGGUGUGACGUUAAACCCAACAGAAUAGACAAACAAAUGAAGCAGUAUGGGGAAACAUGUUCUUAAGCUAAAAGCAGUCUGUAGUUUUAAGUAUGUUUACGGCCAAACUCCAGCAUUAUUGAAAUUGUACAAGAUCUUGUAGUUAUAUUAUAUUCUAUGCAAGUUCAUGAAAAUUGUUAAAGAAACCUGGCUGCUAUGUGUUAACACAGUGAAACUAGA